UGUUGGUAGUUGGCUUUACGAACCCUACACAAGACUAUGAGGAGACCCUAGGUACGCCCGCAUCGUUCAGUCUGUUGUUCGCUCCUCCAGACCUGUCGCAAGGCAAGAACAUUCUCAAUAUAUCCUCCCAGGCAGCAGAGAGAGCAAAUUUUCACGUCCCCCACAACACACGUCUCAGUUCAGAAAAACAUUGUGCCUUUCUACCGCCUCUUUCCCGGCAUCAAUGGUCAUUGGAGAGCCACUUGUUGUCCCUCUAUUCACUUCUAUAGGGAGAACCCCGGAGCCAGGUCCGGGUGAAUCUUCCAACACGCUACCAAUCUCGAUCGCGUGUAAGGCGUCAAUUGUUUCUCCCGAUCUCUGUCAGCGACAUCAACAUCCAAACAUGUCGUCAUCCCCAGAAGACUCACCACCCAGGCUCUCAGCCCUGAGGGGUACUCAAAGUAACUCAGAGCUGGCACUCGAUCCCAGCAGAAAUCUCACGUAUACCCCGAGUCCAGUCGAGACCACCUUCCAACGUCCUCGCUCUUCAUCAGAGGGAGUCCUGGAGCCCUUUUUUGACGACAUCCCACCUGGUGCUGUGGCAACCACCUCACCUGACGCUGUACCCACUGGCCCAAGCCACAUGUUUGGUCGAUCCUGCCCAGACAACAACCCCAAUUGCCACUGGCAUCAUCAACAGAUGCAACACUGCCACGUCCCCUGGAAAACCUGCAAGCGUGCUACUCAAGCAAUCAGACAAUUCUACUUCGCUGGUGAAGCAUGGCUCGAGGCACCUGAAGGAUGGAAUGCAGAACAUGAGCACUGCCUCAGAACAAACAACAAGUGCCCUCGUCACUCUACGCUUGAGGUAAUCAGGGGGGAAAUGGCGAUUAGUGGUCUUUCGGCCGGAAAGCCUACAAAUCAUCAUGAGGAAGGAAAGCAGAAUUAGAGACGCAAGGUAGACAAGGUGACGACGAGAUCGGAUG